UGGUAGCGUCCAUGACGAAGUUAGCUCGACCCUCCCACGCGCGCCUCCUUCCCAGCCGCUGCUGCGCCCUCUCAGCUCCACUGGCUCUCAAGUGCGGGUAGCCCACCCCUCAUCAUCCUCUCGCCUCGCUCCCAGUGGGAAGUGACUGUAUUUCCCCCUGGUUGUCUUCCACCUGGGCAGCCUGGGCGCAUCGGCCUGGCCCGCCCGCUGACGUCACCUUCCAGUCCCGCCCCCUCCAGUGUCCCGAGCCCUUGCGGCGGGGGCUGGCCCAGGGGGAGUCAGUUGAGGCGGCGGGAGCUCGGCGAAGGGCGGGCCAGGUGACUGGUCCGGGCCAUGCCGAGGAAGAAGCCUUUCAGCGUGAAGCAGAAGAAGAAGCAGUUGCAGGACAAGCGGGAGCGGAAGCGAGGGCUUCAAGAUGGGCUGCGAUCCAGUUCCAACAGCCGCAGCGGGAGCCGGGAGCGGCGGGAGGAGCAGACCGACACCUCGGACGGGGAGUCUGUGACCCAUCACAUCCGCAGGCUCAACCAGCAGCCUUCCCAGGGGCUGGGCCCACGAGGCUAUGACCCAAAUCGAUACCGGCUGCAUUUUGAACGGGACAGCCGAGAGGAGGUGGAGAGGAGAAAGAGAGCAGCCCGGGAGCAAGUGCUACAGCCCGUCAGUGCUGAGCUGCUGGUGCUGGACAUCUGGGAGGUCUAUCAGCCCGGCUCCGUCCUGGACUUUCCCCGACGUCCUCCUUGGAGCUAUGAGAUGUCCAAGGAGCAACUGAUGAGCCAGGAGGAACGGAGCUUCCAGGAGUAUCUUGGGAAGGUUCAUGGGGCUUACACCUCUGAGAAACUCAGCUACUUUGAGCACAAUCUGGAGACGUGGAGGCAGCUGUGGCGAGUAUUAGAGAUGUCUGACAUUGUUCUGCUAAUUACUGAUAUCCGACAUCCAGUUGUGAAUUUCCCACCAGCACUUUAUGAGUACGUGACUGGAGAGCUAGGGCUGGCCCUGGUGCUGGUCCUGAACAAGGUGGAUCUGGCCCCGCCGGCUCUCGUGGUUGCCUGGAAGCAUUAUUUCCAUCAACACUAUCCCCAGCUCCACAUUGUUCUUUUCACCUCUUUUCCUCGGGAUCCCCGCACCCCACAGGACCCUAGCAGUGUCUUGAAGAAGAGUCGGAGGCGGGGGAGAGGAUGGACUCGGGCUCUGGGGCCGGAGCAGCUGCUGAGAGCCUGUGAAGCUAUCACUGCGGGGAAAGUGGACCUGAGCAGCUGGCGGGAGAAGAUUGCCCGGGAUGUGGCCGGAGCCACCUGGGGUAAUGGCUCCGGGGAGGAGGAGGAAGAGGAGGACGGGCCGGCCGUCCUGGUGGAGCAGCAGACUGACUCAGCAAUGGAGCCAACAGGCCCCACACGGGAGCGCUACAAGGACGGGGUGGUGACCAUCGGCUGUGUGGGUUUCCCCAAUGUGGGCAAGUCCUCGCUGAUCAACGGGCUGGUGGGGCGGAAGGUCGUGAGUGUCUCCAGAACCCCGGGCCACACCCGAUACUUUCAGACCUACUUUCUCACCCCCUCCGUGAAGCUCUGUGACUGUCCAGGCCUCAUAUUCCCCUCGCUUCUGCCCAGGCAGUUGCAGGUCCUGGCAGGGGUCUACCCCAUCGCCCAAAUCCAGGAGCCGUACACCGCCGUGGGCUACCUGGCCUCCCGGAUCCCUGUGCAGGCCCUGCUCCACCUGCGCCACCCAGAGGCCGAGGACCCCUCCGCAGAACACCCGUGGUGUGCCUGGGACAUCUGUGAAGCCUGGGCAGAGAAACGUGGUUACAAGACAGCCAAGGCGGCCCGAAAUGAUGUGUACAGAGCGGCCAAUAGCCUCCUGCGGCUGGCACUGGAUGGCCGCCUCAGCCUGUGUUUUCAGCCCCCAGGCUACAGCGAGCAGAAAGAAAUAUCAUAAAUGAGAAUCUUUUGGCUCCACGGGAGAACAAAGAAGAAAUAAUUUAAUGAGCUGCUGCCUGGAAUGUCUUCUGUUACUAUGUUUAAAAAAAAAAAAAAGAAUAUGGAAAUUCUUUCCAACGUUUUGUUUUGAAAAUUGUCUAACACACAAACUGAAAAAGAGGACAGUAAACACCCAAACAUUCAUACAAGGUUUCAACAAAUCCUAUCAUUUUGCCACAUUUGCUUUACUAGUCUCUAUCUUGUAAUCCAUCUAUUUGUCUGUCUACUUAUCCUUUUUUAUCCUGAACCAGUUGGAAGCAAGUUGCAGACAUCAUGCUCAUUCAUCCCUAAGUCAUCAGUAUAUAUCUUACACAACCACAAUAGAAUUAUCAUGUCUAAUGAGUUAAUAAUUCCUAAUAUAAUCUAAUAUCAUAUUCAAGCUUUCCCAGUUUAAAUGUCUUUUAUAGCAUUAAAGAAACAAACCAGGAAUCAAGUUCCACACAUUGCCUUUUGUUGUGAUUAUGUCCUCCUCUUUGCCCUUUUCUUUUUAAAAAAUAUUUAUUUAUUUAUUUAUUUGGCUGUGCUGGAUGUUAGUUGCCGCUUGUGGGAUUUUCGUUGCGGCAUGCAGGAUCUUAGUUGUGGCAUGUGGGAUCUAGUUCCCUGACCAGGGAUCGAACCCGGGUCCCCUGCAUUGGGUGCACGGAGUCUUAGCCGUGUCUUAGUCUUAGUCUUAGCUUAGGGAAGUUCCUCCCCUUUUCUUUCUAAUCCAGAAGAAUCCAGUCUUUUUCUUCAUAUAAUUGACUCUUUGAAGAGACUAGGCCAGUCUCUUCUAUAGAAUGUCCUACAUUCUGGAUUUGUUUUAUUGUUUCUAUGUUGUCAUUUAACUUGUUCCUCUAGCUCAUAUUUUUUUAAUUAAAAACAUUAGAUUCUAGUUACCCAAUUUUGGGACUAAUUCUUCAAAAGUGCUGCGUUCUUCACAUUGCCUCACAUUGGAAUGCAUGUAAUAAGAGGUCAUGCCACAGCUAAUGAUGCUAAGUGUAAUCACUUGGUUAAGGUGGAUACUGUCCGAUCUGUCCUAUGAAGGUAAAGUGUUCCCCUUUGCAAUUAGCAAGUCAUCUGCCUGGUUCUUUGACACUGUGAUUUUUUUUUUUUUUUUUUUUUUUGGCUGCACCACAUACGUUGCGGGAUCUUAGUUCCCCAACCAGGGAUCAAACCCAGGCCCCUGGCAGUGAGAGCAUGGAGUCCUAACCACUGGACCACCAGGGAAUUCCUGACACUGAAUAUUCUAA